AGUAUUUCCUGAUAGUUCAUGCGUAACCUAAUGUGACAGCGAUUCUUCACAGUUCUAUCAGAAACGAAUUUAGAAUGUCGGUGAAAGAAAACGAGCAGAGUUCUCCGGAUUUAAACCGUGAGUGCGAGUUUGGAGAAAAAUUAUUCCCAACAAAAGCUUUCGAUCAGGAGUAUGAAACUAAACGACCUUCGGGAGAAUUUCCAGAAAACAGUUCACUUAUAAAAGAAAAUGGCAUUGCAGGUGGUGGAGAAGCAAAAGAAUCAAACCUGUCUACGCAAGAAAAGGCAGGGGUGCCACUAAAUCUACCAAAGGUUAACCUUCCAAUACAAUUCAAAUCCACAAGCUAUGAAAUAUUGUCCGCCACACAGAAAUUUAAAGGGCAAGAGAAAAAUGCAGCGGAAUUUAGCUGCAGUAGAAGAUACAGUGCACCACCGAAUAAUGGUAAACACACGCGAACUUCAUCCAUUGAAAAUAAUAUAGGUUAUGAAACUGAAUCAAGCUCAUGCAAAAGCCAAUCAAAUAAAAUGCAUCCUUUACUUUAUGGAAGUGAUACUAGUCUUAGUCUCGAUACCAGCGGUUUCCAGCGUUGUUUACCACAGUGUAUGCGUUAUGUCUUCGCUGACCAAGAGGCCGAGCGUUUGUAUAGAGAAUAUUACCAAAAUGAAAAGAAGAACGACUUUAAACUGUGUUUAAUAUUGAUGUUCGUUACUGACUUGGUACUUUUGUGUUUGCACAGCUAUUCAUUUCGCAUUAAUCAUAUAGCUCACCUGAUUGUGCUUGUACUUGUGGCACUGGUAGAUGCAGGUACGUUUCUGAUGUGUAUCUCUAAUGACAUGCCCGAUUGGAUAUGGACGAUUAUUCCUUUUAUUGCUUGGUUUCUUCAAAUGGCUCAGGUAUUGUGUGACAUGUGGUUCUACGACAUUCCUAUUCUUCCUAGUGACUCAGUGCCAUGGGUUCUUCUGUAUACCUAUAUAAUUUACGUACUUUUUCCCGUGAGAAUACGUAUUUGCAUUACUCUCGGUGUCGUAAUGGCUUUCUUUCACGCUCUUCUUGUGAUAUCUGCACCCGGAAAAACAGAAUACCUUGGUAAUCAGAUAUGCGCCAAUUUAUUACUGUUCCUGUGUGUCAAUGUCUUGGGAAUCACAUCCUUCUUUUUUGCCGAAAGGCAGCAAAGACAGUCCUUCCUAGAAACUCGUCAAAGUCUCGAAGUGAAAUUAAUUUUAGAGGAAGAAUCCCAGGAACAGGAAAGACUGCUACUAUCUGUUCUCCCUCAACACUUAGCAGCUGAAAUUAGACAGGAUCUAGGAGCUGUGAUCACGGGUCAGUUUAAAAAGAUCUACAUGAGCCGUCAUGAAAACGUCAGCAUCUUAUUUGCCGAUAUUGUUGGAUUCACUGCGAUUUCUUCCACUUGCCCUGCAGCUGAACUUGUCAGGACUCUAAAUGAGUUGUUUGCUCGAUUUGAUAAUCUAGCAGAAAAAUAUCACCAGCUUCGCAUAAAGAUCCUAGGAGACUGCUACUACUGCAUCAGUGGCGCUCCCGAGGAGAGGCCCGACCAUGCGGUCCUUUGUGUCCACAUGGGGUUAAGCAUGGUGGAUGCUAUUAGGUCAGUAAGAGAAGAAACGAAAUCGACAGUAGACAUGAGAGUAGGGAUUCACACAGGUGGCGUCUUAGCUGGAGUGCUAGGUCAGCGCCAAUGGCAGUUUGACGUUUACAGUCGAGAUGUAGAGCUCGCCAAUAAAAUGGAGAGUGGCGGACUUCCUGGACGUGUACAUAUAUCAGAGAAGACCCUCAGCUUCUUGAACGAUGAGUUUGAUGUUAUUCCUGGUGAUGGAGCUUUCAGGGAAGAAACCAUAAGAUUAGCAGGAAUCAAGACAUACUUCAUUGUAGGAGUACUAAAACCUUAUCCUGCUGGAACAUUAGAUGACGCCCUCAACAAGAAUGGAAACCAAACGGCCAUCAAACAGGAAGAGACACACGAGACUCCCGAAGUUGGAAUUGACGUCAGUUCAUAUGAAGAAUAUAAGAUACGCCUCCAUAAAGAACUUCUGAGCAGAGAGAGUGAUAGAAACGUAUGGGAAAAUACACGUUUCUUCACAUUAAGGUUCAAAACCAUAGAACUGGAGAUCCAAUAUCGAGGUCGAAGAGCCACUACUAUAGCGGUGUCAAUGGCAGGCUUUCUUUUUGUACUUUUAUCAUGUGAUCUAGCCGAUCUCGUGCUAGUUCCUGGAACACUUGCUGCCCUCAAAACCACCAGUAGUGUAUGGGCACACUUGGGUAUACCUUUCAUUACAGUUUGUAUCGUGGUCGUCGUUGUAAUGAAGUGUUACAGGAUAUCCUUGCCAAAGAUUGAGUCCAUAUUUUUUCAAGCAGCUGAAUUAAAACCCUGGGUGAGAAUCUUCAUGCUUCUAGUUCUAGUUACAGUGUGGGUAUGUCUCCAAUCUCUGAAGACGAUACGGCGAAUCUUGACUUGGCCUGAGUUCUACCAGAACUAUUCAACGUUCGGGCUAGUAGAAUCCCCCCUUGAUCAGCAUGAUGGGUUCCCUCAGUACCUGAUCUACUACUGUAUAACGAUGUACCUAGGCCUAUCGAUGUUCACACACAUUACCCAUCUUAUCAAACUUGCUAUUACGGCCACCACUACAAUAGUAUGGUGUUCCCUUAGCAACCUACCACUGAGAGCUGCGUUUGAAUGGUAUGAAUUAUGGGCUUACGGUAGAAGACAGGCAAUUGGUCAUCACGUGUAUCUAACCGUUCUCUUGGUUACUAUCUCAACGGCGAUUGUAACCAUCAAUAGACAGCUCGAACUUACGUCCAGACGACUUUUUCUUUGGAAAAAGGCAGUAGAAGAGCAGAAAGAAAAAGUUGCAGACAUGCGCAGAAAAAACGAAGCUCUUGUGUAUAAUAUUCUUCCUCCUCAUGUUGCAAAGCACUUCUUAGGGCGAAAGAAAAAUUAUGAAGAGUUAUAUAGCAAGAGUUACAACUCAGUUGGAGUGCUAUUUGCUGCUAUGCCGAACUUCUCAGACUUCUACACGGAAGAAACGGUAAACAAGCAGGGGCUGGAAUGUCUUCGUUUCCUGAACGAAGUUAUAUCCGAUUAUGAUGCACUGCUUGAGCAACCACGAUUUAAAGAUAUAAUCAAAAUCAAGACAAUUGGGUCGACCUACAUGGCUGCGAGUGGACUCAACAGAGAAGAGUUUGUGAAGGAAAACUUUCGAGGGAAAGAGCAGUGGUGCCAUCUAGCGCAGUUGACCGACUUCGCUUUAACACUGAAAGAAACGCUGAACAACAUAAAUAGAGAAAGUUUCAACAACUUUGUUUUACGAAUGGGAAUCAACCAAGGACCUAUCACAGCAGGAGUAAUUGGUGCUAGGAAGCCACAUUAUGAUAUGUGGGGCAACACAGUCAACGUAGCUAGCCGAAUGGAAAGUACUGGAAAAGCGGGUUGCAUUCAGGUAGUUGAAGCUACAGCUAAGAUUCUUCAGGAUUUCGGGUAUCUUUUUGAGCAACGAGGUUUGGUAACUGUAAAAGGAAAAGGAAAACUGAUGACUUAUUACUUGAUUGGUAAAGAUCCACGAAAUAGAUCAUUAGAGGAUUAAAGUGAUGUACUUGAACUUUUCCGUCAAACGAAAGAACAGAGAAAACAAAUGAAUAAGAUAAAUGAUCAGCAACGAUUGGUAACUAAGAAAAAACAUGGCGUGUUCACUUGAUUAAGAGGGAAGAGUAGAAAGAUUGAAAAUCUUCUUUGUCCUUAAUAAAUCAUAUUGAAGAAUAAAAUGAGAAAGGUUGUCAUAUUUGAUUGAAUUACUUUUUCAUUUCAGAAACCAUUCUAAAGUUAACGUUAGAAUGUAUAUUAUUUAUUGCUCAGUGUAUUCGAAUUACUGUGUAUUCAUUAACUAGAGAAUUACUUUUCAAACAAACAAUUAAAAUGUCUGUGUAAGAUUAAUAAUUCUUAUUAAGUUGAAGAUAUAUAAUUAAGCAAAACAUCCAUCAGCACCACCCUGUGAUUACUUUGUUACACUAAGCCCAUGGAAGCAAUAAUUCUAAUAUACAGUCAACAUGCACGAUAAUUAAAUUUCCAUAGCCUAAAGUCACAGUACUUGUAUCUUUAAACUAAGUUUAUAUUUCUUUAUAUCUUUAUUUUAAAUUACUUAGCAUACUCAGUAUUAAGACAUAGAUUAAAAUAAAUGUAAGCACAUUUAAGAAUCUUUAGGGUAUUAAGAAUCUUUAGUACCGUGGGAUAAAAUAUACCUUUUGUAAAAAAUGGUGCUGAUGUUCUGUUAUUUUCGAACUUUAAUUAGAACUAACUAGUAACAACUUUUUAAUUUAAGUAUUAAGCACUUAUAAUCCAAAACAAAAAUAACGUUAGAUAUGAGGAUUCUGCGACGUCUAACCUUUUCAAUAAAUAAUAUAUUUAAUUUUGUUCUAAACCUUGUUUUUCAGGCAUCGUUUGAUGUACAUGUUAAACUAGCAUUAAAUAAAAGAAAUGAAUAAGCAUGGUGACACACACAUUGUAACAAUUCUGUAUUAAAGCUAUUAAAGAUAGUCAGAACAGCUUCUUGUAGGAUUGAAAACUUAAUGGACUGCAAGAGCCUCUUAAAUAAAAAGGGGACGACGAUUCAGUUUCUCUACUGAUACCUAAGUAUAGAAGCCAAAACGUCGUCCCCUUUUUAUUCAACAAGCAUUUUCAAUCCAUUAACGUUUUCAAACCUACUAUGUCUACUCUGCUCAAAGUUCCACUGAAAUAAAUUAUUGUUAGUUUGUUAAUUUUCUGCACAAAUACUCUGAAACAAUAUUAGAGUUUAAAAACAUUAACAAUGCCAGAAUUUCAGAAUAAUCAUACAAAGUAAUAAAAUAAUAAUUAUUUUUCUUAAUGUCAACUCUGUACAUUUACAAUUAUUCACAUAAAAAUA